AUGCCUCCUAGGAAGGGUGGCAGGCCGACCCUCAGUCAGGGUCUGGACCGUGAGGUCUACCAGAUCGUGCGCAAGAUUAUUGACGACCAACCCGAGACUGGGCGCAUUCGACUAUCGGUCCCGACGAUUUAUGACACAAUUAAGAAAUCCAACUCGAGUUUGAACCGGAAACCGAAGAGACUUAUCGAGGAUAGUCUUGAGCGGGUAUUGGAGGUUAUCAAAGCUGAUAUGGGUGAAGAGGACGAGGAUUCCAUGGAGGGGGACUUUGAGGGACUUGAAGAGCCCGCCGCUACGGAACCCAAUGGAAUGAACCAGAGCGUCGUUGGCUCGUGGGCAACAACGAAGGCCAAAAAGAUCGCCGAAUCCACCGCUAGCACACCGGCACCCACUGCCUCCAAGAGAAGAACGCAUGGUGGAGAAUCUGUUCUGGCCGAUUUGGGUGGACUGGACGAUGUUGUUCAGGAACUUGGGGACUUGGUCAUUCUACCCAUGACCCGGCCACAGGUCUAUCUAUCAUCAAACGUGCAGCCGCCGCGCGGAGUAUUGCUGCAUGGUCCGCCAGGUUGCGGUAAGACGCUAAUUGCGAACGCUUUCGCAGCGGAGCUGGGUGUGCCCUUCAUCUCAAUCUCUGCUCCUUCAGUCGUGUCAGGAAUGUCGGGUGAAUCCGAGAAAGCCCUGCGCGAGUACUUCGAAGAGGCCAAGCGUCUUGCUCCCUGUCUGAUCUUCAUCGACGAGAUCGAUGCGAUUACGCCGAAGCGCGAGAGCGCUCAGAGAGAGAUGGAGAAGCGAAUUGUCGCCCAGCUUCUGACCUGCAUGGAUGAAAUUGCCCUUGAAAAGACAGACGGCAAGCCCGUUAUCGUACUCGCGGCAACCAACCGCCCAGACAGUCUCGAUGCUGCUCUGCGCCGCGGUGGUCGUUUCGAUAAGGAAAUCAACAUGACCGUGCCCUCAGAGCCAGUCAGAGAACAGAUCCUACGUGCACUCACCCGCAAAAUGCGCCUGGCAGACGACAUUGACCUCAAGACGCUAGCUAAACGAACCCCCGGUUUUGUAGGCGCCGAUCUCAACGACCUCGUCUCGACCGCCGGCUCAGCUGCCAUCAAGCGGUACCUUGCGAUCCUGAAGUCAAACAGCGGCGAAGAAAUGGAGAUGGAAAUCGAAGGCGAAGACGAUAUCAGCCCGCGAGUCCGCGAACUCCGCCGUCUUAUCACCCAUGCUAAGGAAACCCCCAUCGGGGACGAAGCAGAAGUCGUCCUCGUCUCCAACGCAGACUUCUUCACAGCCCUCCCCAAGAUCCAACCCUCCUCCAAGCGCGAGGGCUUCGCCACAAUCCCCGACACAACCUGGGCCGACAUCGGUGCCCUCGGUGGCAUCCGCGACGAGCUCGUCACUGCCAUCGUCGAACCAAUCAAGAACCCCGAUAUCUAUGCAAACGUCGGUAUCACCGCCCCGACUGGCGUCCUCCUCUGGGGCCCGCCCGGUUGCGGUAAAACCCUCCUCGCAAAGGCCGUCGCCAACGAGUCCCGCGCAAACUUCAUCAGCGUCAAGGGUCCCGAACUGCUCAACAAGUUCGUCGGUGAGUCUGAGCGCGCUGUUCGCCAGGUCUUUGUCCGUGCCCGCUCUUCCGUGCCUUGUGUUAUCUUCUUCGAUGAGCUCGAUGCCCUCGUGCCCCGCCGUGACGAUACGCUCUCUGAGGCCUCUGCCCGUGUCGUCAAUACACUCCUCACAGAGCUUGAUGGUCUCGGCAGUAGUCGCCAGGGUAUCUAUGUCAUCGCUGCUACUAAUCGGCCUGAUAUUAUUGAUCCUGCUAUGCUGCGUCCUGGUCGUCUUGAGACUCUUCUCUUUGUUAACUUGCCGACGCCGCUCGAGCGUGUCGAUAUCUUGCAGACUCUUGUCCGGAACUUGGCUAUUGAGUUUAGUGAGGAUCUUCGCAAGCUCGCUGAGGAGUGUGAGGGCUUCAGUGGUGCUGAUUUGGGCAGUUUGUUGCGUCGCGCUGGUUACUCUGCUAUCAAGCGUCGCGAUAGUAUUAAGUUCCUUGACUUCGUUGCUGCUAAGUCGUUUGUUCGGCCUAGUGUUACGGAUUUGAGGAAGUAUGAGAAGCUCAGGAGGGACUGGAGUGGCGGCGUGGUCUGA